AUGACGAACACCGACAAUUCUCAAAUUCCUGCCCGUAAUGGUACUGCUGCUGGUACCAAUACUUCAAUGACGGGUACAACCCCUAUUUCGCAUCGGGUCAAUUUUGAUUGCUUUAUCGUUAGAAAUAAGCUUGAUUUCAUCCAUGGCACUAUCAAGAAACCUCCUGAAGGAUCUCCUCUUCUCCGACAAUGGCAGCGUUGCAAUGAUCUAGUAGUUGCUUGGGCAGCCAACUCUGUCACUAAGGAAAUACAUAGGUCUGUUGUAUACUCUGAGUUUGCUAAGGACAUUUGGAGGGAAUUAGAAGCUAGGUAUGGUAAGGCUGAUGGUGCUAGGGUAUUUGAGUUAAAAAAGGCCUUGGCUCACAUUUCCCAAGGUUCUCUUGACAUUGCUUCUUAUUUUACCAAGAUAAAACAAUUGUGGGAUGAGUUAGCUUCAAUCUCUGUUCAUUCUGAGAAUAGGUGUAAUUGUAUUGGGGGUGCUAAAUCUGAGGAGGAACAAAAGGUCUAUCAGUUUCUCAUGGGUUUAAAUGGGUUUAUGUCAGUGAGGCCUCCUUCCAUGCCUCUUUUAACACUGGUGGAUCUAAGUUUGCUCCCAAAGUACAAUCGAUCCUCGGAAGCAUCUCUAUAUUGCAAAUGCAAGAGGGACCGGCGUAUCAUUGAGAAAUGUCACAGGCUUCAUGGUUACCCUUCAAACUUUAAAUUCACUAAGGGUUCUGGUCCUAAUUCUGGUCCUAGAAAGGUUGCUGCUAAAGCUGCUUGUGAGAGUUAUCCUACUGAUUCAUCCACCAGCUUUGUUCCUUUCAAUGAGAGUACUCAAAUGACUGUUCCUGAUCAGACUUAUGAGGGAUCAGGUUUAACCAAAGAUGAGCACUCUCAGUUGCAGUUCCUACUACACAAAACUCACAUAUCACCUGGAUCAUCUCAUUCUCUCAUGGCAUCUGCUCACUUUGCAGGACCAUUCUCAGAGGAAGCCACUGGUUCUUGGUAGGUUGGACAAUGGCUUAUACAAGCUGACUAUUCCUCCAUUGUCUCUGCUUUCGCUUUGCCACCUCCGUCCCUAGUCA